UAGCGCCUGAGAUAGCAGAGUGAUAAAAUUGGGUCCUAUCCUACCAAUUUAAGUGUAGUUUGUACUCCUUUCCAACAUGUAUAUUCACAGUAGGCUUGUAGUAAUUGCUUCUUGAUCGGUUUGCAGCCCAAAAAAGGCAGUAUGUCCAAUGCUUAGGCAGGCUCUGGGGUCAAAAGAUGGAGAGUUAAAUCCUGGCUCUGCCACUUACUAGCUGUGACUUCUUGUGUAAUUAUUUAACUGCCCUAAGCAUCAGGUUUUCUAUCUGUAAGGUGCAAACACUGGUGUUAAUACCUAUUUUAUAGAGUUCUUGGGAAGAUUAAAUGAGACAGUCCAUGUAAUCAAUGAAAAAUAAACGAGAUAAUUCCUGCCUAGGGCCUGAUGCAGUAAGUAUUAUCUGUUUUUUAGAUAAUGCUUUAUUGACUUCGUCUCCUUGUCCCCUGUAUUCUUUAACUGUAAGGAUAACCUUGAGCUUUGAAGUUCUGUAUUCCAGCUGUCUGCUUGGACUUUUAUUGCCUCCCUGCUUAUUCUGUGCACUCUGACCUUAGCCAUGGCAGACAGAACCAGUCUCUUCCUAGGAUGAGAAUGGCAUCUUCCUUGAGAAAUCAAAUUCUCAGGACCAGGAAGUAAACACUGCUUUUCUUGAAUCUAGAUUCUAGGGUUGGAACUACCAAUUCAGGAAUUAGUGUAUAUAAUGCUGGAAACUUGUAGAGAGGAACUGCUCAUGACUGAAAGGCUGAAAACAGAUGUAUCUUUCAAAUUCUUAUCAAGAAAAUGACUAUGAAGAAAAUGAUGGGUCAAGAAGACCAGUGGAAAACUCCCUAGGAGAGAGCCAUAGAAAAUGUACACUUCAGAAGAGAGAUAUAAUCAGAGAACUCAGAAAAGGAAAAUAUAUCAUGUAUGCCCUCAGAAGGGUAAAAAGAUUUUUAUUCAUGUGCGUGAGCUCACUCAAAUAGAUGAUCAGAUAUACCAGUGCCUUGAACGUGAGCAAAACUUGUGUAAAAACUUAGCUCUUAUUAUGUGUGAGAGAACCCAUACUGGGGAGAAACCUUAUAGAUGUGAUAUGUGUGAGAAAACCUUCAUCCAAAGCUCAGAUCUUAUUUCACACCAGAGGAUCCACAGUUACGAGAAACCUUAUAAAUGUAGUAAAUGUGAGAAGAGCUUUUGGCACCACUUAGCCCUGUCAGGACACCAGAGAACACAUGCAGGUAAAAAAUUCUAUACAUGUGAUAUUUGUGGCAAGAAUUUUGGUCAGAGCUCUGAUCUGCUUGUCCACCAGCGAAGCCAUACGGGCGAGAAACCAUAUCUAUGUAGUGAGUGUGAUAAAUGCUUCAGUCGAAGUACAAACCUCAUAAGGCACCGAAGAACUCACACGGGUGAGAAACCAUUUAAGUGUCUGGAGUGUGAAAAAGCUUUCAGUGGGAAAUCAGAUCUUAUUAGCCACCAGAGAACUCAUACUGGUGAAAGGCCCUACAAAUGUAAUAAGUGUGAGAAAAGUUACCGACACCGUUCAGCCUUCAUUGUUCAUAAAAGAGUUCAUACUGGGGAGAAACCCUAUAAGUGUGGUGCCUGUGAGAAAUGCUUUGGCCAGAAAUCAGACCUUAUUGUGCACCAGAGAGUCCACACGGGUGAGAAGCCGUAUAAAUGCUUGGAAUGUAUGAGAAGUUUUACUCGGAGUGCCAACCUAAUCAGGCACCAGGCAACUCACACCCAUACUUUUAAAUGCCUUGAAUAUGAGAAAAGUUUCAACUGUAGCUCAGACCUUAUUGUGCAUCAAAGAAUUCACAUGGAAGAGAAACCACAUCAGUGGUCUACAUGUGAGAGUGGCUUCCUUCUAGGCAUGGACUUUGUUGCCCAACAGAAAAUGAGAACUCAAACAGAGGAGCUGCAUUAUAAAUACAGUGUAUGUGAUAAAAGCUUCCACCAGAGCUCAGCCCUUCUUCAACAUCAAACAAUACACAUUGGUGAAAAACCAUAUAUUUGUAAUGUAGGUGAGAAAGGUCUUGAGCUCAGCCCUCCCCGUGCAUCAGAAGCCUCUCAAAUGUCUUGAUCAGACAAGAAGUUAUAAUACCAUAAAAAAUGUAUUUACAUGUCAGAGAACUCAUUAAAGUGAAGAACUCUAGGCAAAUCUUAGACUUUCCUCAGAGCUCAGACUUCAAUGGGGACCAGAGAAUCUGCAGUUGUAGGAAUUUGAGAAAUGGUUUGCCCAUAGAGCUGCCCUAACAGAACACCUUAUCAAUCACUACAAUGAGAAACCUUACAGUGCCGUGAGUUUUGGAAAACUUUUAGUCCAAGCUCAUAUCUGAUCACCCACAAGAGGAUUCAUACAGGUGGGAAACCUUACCAAUGCAGUGAGUGUUAGAGAGCUUUCUAGCAAUGCUCACCCCUCCUCAUUCGGAGAGAAUUCACAUUGGAGGAACUUUAAAUGCUGUCAGUGUCAACAUUGCUUCAGACACAUGUUCAUCUCAUUGGACGUCAGAAAGCCCACACUGGGGAAAAACUCCAGCAAGUGUGAAAAAAGCUUCUAACAGAACUAUGACUUUCUUACCCAUCAGAGAAGCCAUACUGGUGAAAAUUUGUAUAUUUAUCUUGAAUGUGGCAAAAAGCAUUAGUUGGAGAGCCUUCUUGGGUUUGCACCAGGAUAACCCAAUCUGAGGAAAGAACUUUCAAAGUCUCUGAAUGAGAAAAGCUUCUGUCAAUGAUCAGCUCUUGUGGUCCACCAGGGAACUCACAUAAGUGAAAAACCCCAUAAAUACCUUGAGUCUGAAAAAAGCCUUGCUAGAAACUCCUACCAUAUUGGGCCCCAAAGAACCUACUCUGAAAAGAAUUUUGCUCUAGUGAGAGGUCUCAUUGUGGACUGUGUACAUAUAAUAGGUAUGAGAAGAACUGUUAUCAUAGCUAGUUGACCCAUAUGGUAGAGAUGACUUUUAAUGGAGUCAAUAUGUAAACAGUUUUUUAGAUACCCAGAAGCUUGUUCUGGGAGGAGCUAGGGCAGGUCAGGGUAGGCCUGAUGGGUAACUCAGGUGAAGAUGCUUUUCUUUUAUCUGAACCACUUAAUGAGUACUUUACUUUUACUUUUUAAAAUUUGGAAAUCCAAUAAAGGAAAGGACUGUAACCUUGUAAUAGAAGGUGUGGCAUGUGUUACUGUUGGGGAAAAGGAGUAUAUUGACUUUGUCUCUGUUGAUUUUUUUGUUCUUGGCUAGAAUGGGGUCUAAUGUGUUGAUAGUAGCAUGGGAACCUUUUGCUGGUAGUGAACUAUUCAGCUAAGGAGUAGUUAUCAAAAGCUUUAGAUGAAAACUAGAUCAAAAGUUUUCCCUUUGGAGGGCCAACCUCAUUUAAAGAGGCAGAAUUCUCAGCUUCUUACUUAGUAUAAAUUGAGGCAUACCCUCCUCACAAGCUUCCUUUCCCUAAAAUAUCCUCAGAUUAUCACUGGUAUUUGAAAUUUCAGUUUUGGAGAUUCAUUUCUUUUCAACUCAGAAAUGCAAAUUCCAGGAUAAUAGUUAAGAUGUUGCUAGUAUCCAUAUUUUUGUGACUUUAUCAUGUGUCUUUCAAUGAUAAGAUAUCCUCAUCAGCUCCUUGCAGAAUAGUUAAGGAUAGACUGAAAGAAAGGUUUAAGCCUGAGUAGGCAGAGUAAAAUAUAUAAUGCAUUAUUAAUGGAGGAGCUAGACUUUUUGAUUUUCAGUAUCCUGACUCCAAAGCUGGUGUUCUUUUCCCUCCAUUAUCCUGCUGUUUAUAGAAAAUCAAGCCCCAUAAUGAUAUGCCUUUCAUUUGUUUCAGUUUUGCCAAGGAAAGAGGAUACUUUUUAUUCCCAGGUAAAGGAUUGCAGUCACCACAAUAUAAGGUAUAUAUUUGGCUUGGAAUGUAGAAUUCUAAAUACUAAAAGGGAAAAGUAGUUGGCAGAUUCAUCAGAGGUUUAAGGGUAAGCACUUAUCUCCAAUUUAACAGGAUAAUUAUGAUUAUCUUUAACAUUCUCUAGAAAUACUUUAAUUAAUCCAGGAAUCUAUAAGUGGAUACUUCUGAGGUUUUUUCCUUCCCUCAGAUUAAAAGACCUUUAAUAUAAAUACUUAAGAUUCCUACAGUAUCUGGGAGUCUAGACUGGUGAAUAAAUAUUUUGUUGCUGGUCUGAUCCUCUGGUUUAUCUUAGCAAAUCCCUGAACUUUAGAGAGUGUUGGCAUUUGGACUCAUGGAGGUGGCCAACUGCUGCCUUGCAUGUGGCUCUAAGCUUUGAUCCUAGCGACUCAUUGAUCAUUUUGAAAUCUUAGAGUCAAUGCGUGUAGCUCAUAGUGAUAAUAAGGAAUUUGAUCCUAGGAUUUUUUCUUUUCUUUUUUCUUUUAGAAAACAGAUCCUGGAUGUUUAUUUCAUCUGAUGUGUUUUAGUAAUUUUCGUAAAUAGCUCUCAUACCAUGAAAGUUGCCCAGUGUGAUAAAACACACGAGAUGUAUUUGUUUCUCUUUGGUGAAAAUCAUGCCUAUCAUUAGUAUAUGUUUGACAGUUGUAAUACUACAAUAGUUGUGGGUGUAUGGCAUGGUGGCGAUGAAAAUUAGUCCUUAUGGCUACUUGUUAGUCAUUAGAGAGAACUCAGAGAAGGGGACAGAGUUGGUAUCAUUGGCAGGGCAAUGACUUGACCCUUCUUUCAACUGAUCUUAACUGGUAAUCGUCUCUAGUGUUUAAAUAAAUUAAGGAUGGACCAUCCCUCAAGCAGAGAACUUUGGGGGUAUGAAAUAGGUCUGAGGGCUUUUAACCAUGGGGAAAAGCUGUUGGUAGUAUUCAUCUAGCAUAACCUGAGGUUGGAGAGGACCACUUGGGAGCCUGUAACCAAAACUAGAAGGUAACUUCUGGGAUGGAUGGAGGUUCUCUUGAAACAGUGCCAACCUAAAUCUACCUCAGGUAAGUAGUUAGAGUAACUUUUUCAAGAUUUCAGACCAAACGAGACACUUGUAUCAGUCAAUGUAUUCCUAUGCUUUAAUGUUUUUGUUUUCCCUUAAUUCUUUAAAUAAACAUUUGUUCUGAAAAAUUC